AUGUUACGGGCAAGUGGGCGGUGCUGCUUCAUCACCAAGAUCAGCAAGAUCUCGCGUCCCCCCGCCAGCGGUUACGAAAUCGCGGAGCUACCAAACGAGAAAGUCUUCUUGGAAUUUCUCAAAUACCACAAAACGUGUUGUGUGCUGGCGAUGCUUCACUCCGGCAACCUCCGCAGCAGAAAAGAGGGAGGACCAAGCACACAAAUCACAGAGGACCCUCUCACGCGCAGCUUCAUCUCUUCCAUCAACGCGAUGAAUAUGGGAAACCCGAGCGAAACAAAGCUUGCCCUUGUGCCCGGGCCACAGGCACCAAAAAUGGUGGAAGAGUAUGGUGUUUUGACGUAUCCGACAGUGCUUCUUUUUAUGGAGGGGAACUGCGUGGAGCGGGUUGUAGGUGCACGCACAAGGGAGGUUUCAAUCAAGUCGUUGUUUGCACUUCGAAACGCGCGAAGGAACAUAUUUUCUCGAGAAUGA